UUCUAUUCAGAUACAUCACUGUACACUUCUGAUGAAUAGUUCAAACCAGUACACUUUUGCAUGAUGUCAUCCGAUGCUAAACCAUAUCCAUUUCCUAAAGGGUUGAAUUUGUAUGGACAGUUAGUGAUCGGACCACCUGGCAGUGGAAAAACCACAUACUGCUCUGCGAUGUAUGAUUUCCUUACAAAAUUGGGUCGAAAGGUUGCUGUCAUCAAUUUGGAUCCAGCCAAUGACAGUUUACCUUAUCCUUGUUCAAUUAAUUUGGCCGACUUAAUUCGCUUAGAUGAAGUCAUGGAUUAUCUUGGUUUGGGUCCAAAUGGUGGACUAAUUUACUGUAUGGAAUAUUUGUAUACAAAUCGUCGUUGGUUAGCUGAUCAGUUGGCAUUACUAAAACAGAAAGAAUCUAAAAUUUAUCUGAUAUUUGAUUUACCUGGUCAGGUUGAAUUGUACACACAUCAUCCAUGUAUGCGUCAACUUAUCUGUUAUCUCACCGAUAAACCCACCAUCUUGGGAACAGUUAAUAAACAACACUUAUCCUUACCGUCUAUAUUAUCAUCAUCUGAGAAUAAUGAUACUACACCAAGUUGUCUUGAUUUACGCCUUACUUCAGUCUAUCUAGUUGAUUCACAUUAUUGUUCUGAUGCUGGAAAAUUUAUCUCAUGUGUACUUACUUCACUGUCAGCUAUGCUACAGUUAUCUAUACCACAUGUAAAUAUAUUGAGUAAAGCUGAUCUAAUUGAACAAUACGGUGAAUUAGAUUUUAAUUUAGAUUUUUUCACUGAAGUAUUAGAUUUACAAUAUUUAAUUGAUCGUUUACACAAAACUGAUGAUGAUAACAACAACUUGUUCAAUGUUAAAUAUAAGCGUUUAAAUCGCGCCAUUAUUGAUUUGAUACAAGAUCGUUCAAUAGUUCAAUUCUUGUUGUUAGAUAUACAAGAUUUAUCGCAUAUGGAACGUGUUAUGCGCUAUGUAGAUCGUGCUAAUGGAUACGUGUUUGGGCCAAGUGAACAACACAGUCUGCAAAGUUUAUUACAUUCAGCUUCAGGUGUUGAACUAGCACCUGAUUGGAUUGGUAUGAUCCAAGAGAAAUAUAUGUCCAAAAGUUAUGAUGAUCAUGAUGAUAACACUGGUGAAGACAAGAAUUCACAGAAUAAUGAACCUCAUAUUGAUUUAUUUGCUUAACAAACUAAGUCAAGGUUUUGUAAAAGAAAUUGCUUUUGUUGAAUUUCUAAUGAUCUGAUCUUUUAUCCCAUUCGACUGUAUUUGUAUACAUAACUUAAGUCUCAGCUGGAAGAGGUUCUGAUGUCAGUCUGGAUACCAACAUCACUGUGAGUUAGCACUCAUGGUGUUCAGUUUUAUAUCGGAAGGUUUGCCGGUUUAAACUCAACACUGAAGAAUAACUCGGUUUGAAUGUAUAAAUAUAUCUUGUUGAAAAACAAAAAGAGGUCACAAAGAAAAUAAUUAUUUUUUCAUUUUGACUAUCUAAGAUAGCCGUGGUUUGGGAGACUAGUAUUUAUACCGGGUGAUGAUUGAAAGUAAAAUAAAAAUUUGGACCGUGACCGGAUUCGAACCAGCGGCCACCGGGAUUCCGGCCUUAUGGUCUAGCUCUGUUUCCAGUCAAAGACCAAACUUAAACGAC